AUUCAAAUGUAUAGUGUAGUUGAACUAUGAUUUUGUAAGGCUUGCUGUGAACAUAGUACAAGCCACUAACAUUAGCAAUGUAGUUCGUGGGAUUCAUUUUAAUAAGAAAGAAAAAUCCUAUUAGUUUUGCAGAAAAGUAUAGUUAAAUUACUUGACUAAUUUGCCUUUCAGAGGUUUCUGCAAAGUAUUAUCUUUUGACGUGAUCAGUAGGCUGAAAUAUGUCUAUAUUAGGCAAUACAUUACCAUUUUCACAGUUCCUGAUAAUAAAUUAGGCCUUGGUUGGUCAAGACAUAUGUAGAAAUAUAUUGUGGUUCCACUAUUUCUCAGAGAAUUAAUAGAUUGAGUACAAAGACAUCCAAGCCAUCAGCGUAAAAUCUAAGUUACUUCAAAGCAUGGAUUAUGAUUAUUCAGACUUUUUCAGUGAUGAUGAGUUGAAACAGCUGAACUUGUCUGAUAUUAUCAGACCAGAUAAAUAUGUUCCUGCACUUGGGCCCCGCCACCUGUUGGUAUUGGUGUUCUAUGCCCUGGUCUUCCUUCUGGGGGUCCCAGGAAAUGCUCUGGUGGUGUGGGUAACAGGCUUCCGAAUGCCGCGCUCCGUCACUUCUCUGUGGUUCCUCAACCUAGCACUUGCUGACUUGCUGUGCUGCCUGUCCUUGCCCCUUCUUAUGGUGCCACUGGCCAUGGACCAGCACUGGCCAUUUGGGACCGUGGCCUGCACGCUAAUUAAGGGCCUCAUCUUCCUGGUCAUGUAUUGUAGUGUGCUGCUGCUGGUACUCAUCAGCCUGGACCGCUGGCUGCUGGUCAGCCGGCCAGUGAUAUGCCAGAACUGGAGGAGGCCUAAAAAGGCUGCCUGGGUGUGUGUCUGUAUUUGGCUUUUGUCUCUGCUGAGCAGCAUUCCCCAGUUUGUCUAUGUGAAGGAGGUUCAGUUAAGCAGCAGCAAGUCUGAGUGCAAGGGAUCUUACACAAGAACCAGCGCUUGGGCUGUUACUAUAAUGCGGUUCCUUAUGGGUUUCAUACUGCCAUUCGUAGUUAUUGUGGCAUGUCAUUUGGUUGUGUACAAUAGGGCAGGGCAGAGGUCUGGGACGAGGUCUGUCAGGGGUGGUGAGAUUCGCUCCAGUCGCACCUUGAGGGUUAUUAUUGGUGUGUCGUUGAGCUUCUUCUUGUGCUGGCUCCCACUGCACAUACUGGACAUCCUUGAACUGUUGACACCCCGGGACUCACCACACAGUCCAAAUGUACAGCUGGCACAUGUCCUGGCUAUGUGCCUGGCCUAUUGCAACAGCUGCCUCAACCCGCUGCUCUACGUAUGUCUGGGAAGAAGCUUUAAGCAGAGUAUGAAUCGCUCCCUGCGCAGUGUGUUCAACUUUGCGACUGAAGAGCCGGUACCCAGAAAAAGCAUAACAAAGAGCACAUCAGAAAAAACUCAAGAGAUGGCAAUUAUGUGACCGUGUAUGUGUGUAUGUGCCUGAGUGUGAGAACACUCGGAAUCGGUUAAGUCAGAGUGUUUUGUGACAUUGAUUACUAUUGUGUUGUGUGUUGUGUAAAGAAAACAGGAACUUCAGCCUGCUGUAAUAUUGCUGCCAUCACUCCCAUGUACACAUGUAUUCAAUUGCAUUUGGCUUUAUACAGCUCUGGAAAAAAUUAGAAAAGGUGCAGUGGUCUCUUAAUUUUUUCUGGAGCUGUAUGUACUUGGGUUGAGAUUUUAAUUGAAAUUCACGGAAAAGUAAUUUGGACAUUUAUCAAAUAUUUAUGUCAUGCAAUAAAAUGCAGAUUAAUUCUUGUUUUAUUCCGUCUCUCACAGUUGAAGUGUACCUAUGAUAAAAAAUUACAGACCUCUACAUGCUUUGUAAGUAGGAAAACCUGCAAAAUUAGCAGUUUAUCAAAUACUUGUUCACCCCACUGUAUGUAAUGUGUAAAAUAAUCAGAUAAUAUAACCAACCUGUUAAUGAGCACCCCAGAGCAGGAGAUAUGCUUCAAAAGGAACCGAUGUUACUUAUUAAUUUUAAUAUACAUAUUUUAUAUUAGUACCCAUUCCUGUUAAAUAUAUAUCUGUUUGUAUUGAAAUGUUUUGAAACAUUGAAACCAAGUUGUUUCUUUAAAAAACGUCUGUGUCUGUGAUUCAGCUGCAAACACCCAUUUCCUUCCUCUCCAUCACAAAUAUAGACAAAUCUGUCAUGUGCUUUUAUCAGAAAUCAUUUUCACUUCAUCUUUACCGAUGAGUACUCUGUUUUACAAUAUGGUGCCAGGAAGCAUAGACUGGAAUGUGUCCCUGGUUGUUAAGAGGGACUAUUCUUCAAGACUAGUUUUGCAAUCUUAAGGUUGCCUAUUUGGGGAAGCUGCAUGUUCCUCACUUCUGCCUGUAUCUAUGGUUUUGGUCUUCUUAAACUCUCCGGAAAACAAAAAGAUUCAAUAUUCAAAUUUUUAAGAACUUGCUUUGGAAAACAGUUACAUUACCAACUACUUUCUUUUGAGACAGACCUCAGCAAUCAGGAGUAAUCAACAGACAUUUUUAUUAUUUACAAUAAAUAAAUCACUCUUUAAAGUUAGGAUAUUGAGUUCCCGUUUGUCAGAGUAGCACUGGCAAACCCCAGUUACACACAACUUGUAUACAUUAUUUUGUAUCUAUUUUUGUUAUUAUUAUUAUUAAACCUUUAUUUCAACAAGGAACACAGACUGAGACCAUGGUCUCAUUUACAGCUGGGCCCUGCAUAUAUGUUUACACAUAUAGUAAGAUUAAAAACAAAGAGAAAAAGAACAGUAUAGAGACAAAACAAGAAACAGAUUAGAAGACGCUUAAACACAAGGCAAAGUACAUUGCUUUAAACACUGGUGAUAUUCCCUCAGUGGCCUCGUGUUUUUAGAAGGUAUUGCGAUGGUCUGUGCUGUCCCUUAGGUGUGCUAAACAAACGCAGCGCACAUGUUUUCAAAGCCUAUGAAACACCCGUGAAAGUACAAAUCAUGUAUUACUCUCGAGUUUUACAUACAAGUCAUCUACAAUCUGAGCAUGUCUGACGUACCACUCUGGAAGAUUUACUUUCAUCAGAUACCCUAACCCAGGGACCUACUGAACACACACAAGGCCCUUCAACACAUCAAAACAUGUAGCUUAUUUUAACCAUGGAAAGGAUCCUACGAUCAUCCCCCACUGUUGUCUUCCAUGGACAUCCAGGCCUGUGUGUUGCAGAGCUCACCAGUGUGUUCUUUUUUUCUCAGGAUGUACCAAACUGUUGAUCUGGCCAUGUUCCUGCUAUCUGUCAGAUUUUUUUCCUCCAGCCUAAGGAUUGCCUGUUUCACCUGUUUUGGGAGCUCCUUUGACCUCAUGUUGUGGGUUCACAGCAACAGCUUCCAAAUGUGAAUGCCACACCUGGAAUCAACUCCAGAACUUUU